GUGAGUGGGGCGGCUUCGGGUCGUCGGAGCGGCGCUCAGUGAGUAAACCGCUGCUGAAGGGGCAGGAGUCAGAGGAUUGCUGUCUGUCGGAUACUUAGCAUCUAAGUACUCUAACCCACUCAGGAAAUGAACUCCGAGUUUUAAAUCGCGUGGAAACUUCAAAUCCAAGAUGACGGUUGAUUUUGACGACUGUAUCAAGGAUUCUCCCCGGUUUAGGGCAAAUGUUGAUGAAGUGGAGACAGAAGUUGUGGAGAUCGAAGCAAAACUAGAUAAGCUGGUGAAGCUAUGCAGCGGGAUGAUCGAGGCUGGGAAGGCAUACAUCAGUGCCAACAAGCUGUUUGUCAAUGGCAUCCGGGAUCUGUCUCAGCAGUGCAAGAAGGAUGAGAUGAUCUCGGAGUGCUUGGAGAAGUGCGGGGAAAGCCUGCAAGAGAUCAUAAACUACCACAUGAUACUGUUUGAUCAAGCCCAGCGUUCUGUGAAGCAGCAGCUGCACAACUUUGUGAAAGAGGAUGUUCGGAAGUUCAAGGACACCAAGAAGCACUUCGACCGGGUGCGGGAAGAUAUGGAAAUAGCGCAGGUGAAGAACGCUCAGGCGCCCAGGAACAAGCCACACGAGGUCGAAGAAGCCACAAGCUCGCUCAGCGUCACCCGCAAGUGCUUCCGACACCUUGCUCUGGACUACGUCCUUCAGAUUAACGUCCUUCAGGCAAAGAAGAAGUUUGAGAUCUUAGAUGCGAUGCUGUCAUUCAUGAACGCCCAGUACUCGUUGUUCCAGCAGGGCUACAACCUCCUCGAUGAGCUCGACCCCUACAUGAAGAAACUUGCUUCUGAGCUAGAUCAGCUGGUCAUUGAUUCUGCGAUGGAAAAGAGGGAAAUGGAACAUAAACAUGCAACUAUUCAACAAAGGACCCUCAUGCAGGAUUUUUCAUAUGACGACUCGAAGGUGGAGUUUAACGUGGAUGCUCCUAAUGGCGUGGUGAUGGAGGGCUACUUGUUCAAAAGGGCUAGCAACGCCUUCAAGACCUGGAACAGACGGUGGUUUUCCAUACAGAACAAUCAGCUGGUCUAUCAGAAGAAACUAAAGGAUGUUCUUACGGUGGUAGUGGAGGACCUUCGAUUGUGUUCUGUUAAACCAUAUGAAGACAUUGAGAGGAGGUUCUGCUUCGAGGUCGUCUCCCCCUUCAAGAGCUGCAUGCUUCAGGCCGAGUCUGAGAAGCUAAGACAAGCUUGGAUUCAGGCAGUUCAAGCUAGCAUUGCUUCAGCAUACAGAGAGAGCCCAGACACUUUCUACAUAGAGCAUCUGGACAGAACAGCCUCUCCAUCCACCAGCAGCAUCGAUUCAGCCAGCGAGCCGCGGGAGCGCAGUGCCAGGGGCGAGACUAUCCUGCACCGCAUCCAGAGUCUGCCAGGGAACGAGCAGUGCUGCGACUGCACGCAGGCAGACCCCCGCUGGGCCUCAAUCAACCUGGGAAUCCUGCUGUGCAUCGAGUGCUCCGGCAUCCACAGGAGUCUGGGGGUCCACUGUUCGAAGGUGCGUUCCUUGACGCUUGACUCCUGGGAACCAGAGUUAUUAAAGUUGAUGUGUGAGCUUGGAAACAGUGUCAUCAACCACGUUUAUGAAGGUUCAUACCAAGACCAGGGUCUGAAGAAACCAUUACCGUCCAGUUCAAGGCAGGAAAAAGAGGCAUGGAUUAGAGCGAAGUAUGUGGAGAAGAAAUUCCUGAAAAAACUGGGCUGCAGUGAGAUCCUCGUUAAUGGGGAGAGGAAGUCAGAGAGGCGAUGGAGUGUGAAGAAGUGCCGGCGACACAACAGCGCCACCACUGUUCCUAAAACACAGCGGAGAUACAGACAACAGCCUGGCAGCACCUCACCUUCUGCUCUCUCAAUAGCAACGGCCAAAUUCAGACGAGAGUCCUUGUUUUGCCCUGAUGAGCUGGAUUCUCUGUUCUCUUACUUUGAUAAUGGAUCUGGUCCUCGAAGUCUGAGCAGCGACAGUGGCUUGGGAGGCAGCACAGACGGAAGUACAGACAUCCUGGUGUUCGGCUCGGUGGUGGACAGCGUCACAGAAGAGGAGUGCGAAGUGUCUGAAGACUCGAGUGGUGAGACUGAGGCUGAGACUUCAGACCCGGAGGACACAAGGGGGAUGGAUCCUGGAACCCUGCUCUAUAAAGCCUCUAAAGCUCGCAACCUGCCAGUCAUGGCUGAAGCUCUAGCCCAUGGCGCCGACAUUAAUUUAGUCAAUGAUGAGGACGAGGGAAAGACCCCACUUAUACAAGCUGUUACUGGGGGUUCUCUGGUUGCCUGUGAGUUUCUGCUGCAAAACGCUGCUGAUGUUAACCAAAGAGACGCAAGAGGGAGGGGCCCCCUCUAUCACGCUACAUAUCUGGGACAUACAGGGCAGGUGUGUUUGUUUCUCAAAAGAGGAGCUGCACAGAAUGACGGCGACGAGGACGGCCAGGACCCUUUGAGUAUAGCUGUGCAGCAAGCCAAUGCAGAUAUAGUCACGCUGCUGCGACUGGCCAGGAUGAAUGAGGAAAUGCGGGAGUCGGAGGGACCCUUCGGACAGCCAGGAGACACAACAUACAUUGACAUCUUCAGGGAAUUUUCCCACAUGGCCUCCCACAACCCGGAGAAGCUGAAGCGCAGGAGUUUGCACUUCCGACAUUCCUUCAGGUAGCCCGCUAAAUAUGUGAAGAGGAGGACUGGCUCCCCUUCAUACUUGAGUCAGAGCUGGGAUACAAUAACAAGUGACCUGGAAGAGAAACCUAAAGCUGUUGCACAUUUAUUAGACUUUACCACUUCCUGUUAUACAUCAAAAAUGUGUUUAGGGUAAAUCAAUUGUGUCUCAGAUAAAACUUUAUUUUGGUAGGACAAUGCUUUUUUUUGAGGAUUUGCUGGUCUUUUCCUCUUAAAUUUGAAUAUAAAAACAUUUUUCACUCAAAAUGUUUGAGGACUUGUUUUGGCUGAGCUGGUACAUAUUACCAUGUUUUUUGUUAUAAGUGUCCUGGUCAUUGAAGGAAUCUUAUUGUUACCCUAUUUUUUUCCUGUGUGCAUGCAUUACAUUUUAUACUUAAACUUUAAUUCAAAUACAGCUAAUUAGUGUUACAUUAGUCUUCAUCAUCAUCAUACACUUGUAGUGUUACUUCUUUUAAUGUGCAGCCUAUUUUGAUAGGAAAUGUGUUCGGUUUUGCAUCGACUACGCUGGUCUAGUCCUUGGAGUAUGUUGUUUGAAUGUACUUUGCUUUACCGCUAUGAGAUGAGGUCUUUUUGUCCUGUAAGCAUGCUGGAGAAGCAAAAUAAUAUGUUAAUAUAUCUUAAAUGAGUGCAAAUAUAAAUUGUCUGUGUUUUA